UGCCACCACACCCAGCCAGUUUUUGUAUUUUUAGUAGAGAUGGGGUUUUGCCAUGUUGGCCAGACUGGUCUCGAACUCCUUACCUCAAGUGAUCCGCCUGCCCUGGCCUCCCAAAGUGCUGGGAUUACAAGUGUGAGCCACUGCGCCUGGCCCGGCCCUGUCUCUCUUUAACAAAAGUGACUGAGAUCUAGGAAGACAGUGGGAGGAAGUUUGGGGUUGGUCUUCUGAUUUCCAGAGGAAAUCCUCAGGGUCUACGCUCAAAGGAAAUAGGAGAGAAACGGCUGAGAGCCCUUCAGGAGGAGGGGGAAAGGAGAAACAAGAAGACAGAGGGUUCUAAAGCUCUGACAAGAGAAUUCCAAGUAGGGGCCAGGGUGCUGCUGAGACCCCAUGUCUUGGUGUCCAUGCAUCCUUCCUUGCUUCUUUGCUUCCUUCCUUUUCUUUCAUUUUGAGACAUGUAUUGGGUGCCUGUUGUAUACCAGGUAUUGUGCUGAGGGCUUUCAUGUUCUUUAUUUACUUUACACUUGAUGUAGCAGUAGUGUGGAUGAAGGUGUGUGGCAAGAAGAACUUCCCAUGGGAUUUGUGAGAAAGAGAAUGACUCUAGGGCUGAGUGUGGUGGCUCACACCUGUAAUUCCAGCACUUUGGGGAGCCCGAGGCAGGAGAAUCACUUAAUCCAGGAGUUCGAGACCAUCCUGGGCAACAUGGCAAGACCCUGUCUAUAUAAAAAAAAUUAAAAAUUAGCUGGGCAUCAUGAUGCAUGCCUGUGGUCCCAGCUGUUUGGAGGACCAAGGUGGAAGGAUCACUUGAGCCCGGGAGGUUGAGGCUGCAGUGCGCCAUGAUAGUGCCAGUGCACUCCAGGCAACAGAGUGAGACCCUGUCUCAAAAAGAAAAAGAAUGACUCUAGAUGCUGGAGAGCAGAGGACUGAACUAAGCAAGAAGAGCCUCUGAGCACUGGGGUGGGGGUUAUGGAUUAUGGAGUAAUGGGCCCUUUUUCUUGGUGGACGGAUCGGGUCUUGGAGGUAAAGGGGUGCCCUACUUAGGGGUGGGUAAAUGGGAGACCAGCAUGAUUAUCUUUGGAAUACCUGGAAAAGAGUAGGACAGAGAACCAAACAAGCCCACUUACUGCAUCUCUGGAGCAGGCACCCCUGGGAAGCAGGCCCUGUGUCCUUCCAUCCUCAGAAGCCUGGGCCCUGGGGCGGGCACAGGCCACCUCUGGGACAAUAGCACUAGGCAGUGCCAGGGCCGCUUACUGCUGGGCAGUGCCCGUGCUGGGAUGUGCUGCUGCUGUGGCUGCUGCCCGCUGCUGUCCCACCUAGAGCGGGGGUCACUUCGAGAGAGGGCCCGGGAAAAGGAGAAGAUGAAGGAAGCCAAGGAUGCCCGCUAUACCAACGGGCACCUCUUCACCACCAUUUCAGUCUCAGGCAUGACCAUGUGCUAUGCCUGUAACAAGAGCAUCACAGCCAAGGAAGCUCUCAUCUGCCCAACCUGCAAUGUGACUAUCCACAACCGCUGUAAAGACACCCUCGCCAACUGUACCAAGGUCAAGCAGAAGCAACAGAAAGCGGCCCUGCUGAAGAACAACACUGCCUUGCAGUCCGUGUCUCUUCGAAGUAAGACAACCAUCCGGGAGCGGCCGAGCUCGGCCAUCUACCCCUCCGACAGCUUCCGGCAGUCCCUCCUCGGCUCCCGCCGUGGCCGCUCCUCCUUGUCUUUAGCCAAGAGUGUUUCCACCACCAAUAUUGCUGGACAUUUCAAUGAUGAGUCUCCCCUGGGACUGCGCCGGAUCCUCUCACAGUCCACAGACUCCCUCAACAUGCGGAACCGAACCCUAUCAGUGGAAUCUCUCAUUGACGAAGGUGCAGAGGUAAUUUACAAUGAGCUGAUGAGUGACUUUGAGAUGGAUGAGAAGGACUUUGCAGCUGACUCCUGGAGCCUGGCUGUGGACAGCAGCUUCCUGCAGCAGCAUAAGAAGGAGGUGAUGAAGCAGCAGGAUGUCAUCUACGAGCUAAUCCAGACAGAGCUGCACCACGUAAGAACACUGAAGAUCAUGACCCGCCUCUUCCGCACGGGGAUGCUAGAAGAGCUACAGUUGGAGCCCAGCGUGGUCCAUGGACUGUUCCCUUGUGUGGACGAGCUCAGUGACAUCCACACACGCUUCCUCAGCCAGCUGUUAGAACGCCGACGCCAGGCCCUAUGCCCUGGCAGCACCCGGAACUUUGUCAUCCACCGCUUGGGUGAUCUGCUUAUCAGCCAGUUCUCAGGUCCUAGCGCGGAGCAGAUGCGGAAGACCUACUCGGAGUUCUGUAGCCGCCACACCAAGGCCUUAAAACUCUAUAAGGAGCUGUAUGCCCGAGACAAACGCUUUCAGCAAUUCAUCCGGAAAGUGACCCGCUCCGCCGUGCUCAAGCGGCACGGGGUACAGGAGUGCAUCCUACUGGUGACUCAGCGCAUCACCAAGUACCCGGUGCUGCUCAGCCGCAUCCUGCAGCAUUCCCACGGGAUGGAGGAGGAGCGUCAGGACCUGACCACGGCACUGGGGCUAGUGAAGGAGCUGCUGUCCAAUGUGGACCAGGAUGUUCAUGAGCUGGAGAAAGGGGCCCGUCUACAGGAGAUCUACAACCGCAUGGACCCUCGGGCCCAGACCCCAGUGCCUAGCAAGGGCCCCUUUGGCCGAGAGGAACUUCUGCGGCGCAAACUCAUCCACGAUGGCUGCCUGCUUUGGAAGACAGCGACAGGGCGCUUCAAAGAUGUGCUGAUGCUGCUGAUGACAGAUGUGCUGGUGUUUCUCCAGGAAAAGGACCAGAAGUACAUCUUUCCUACCCUGGACAAGCCCUCAGUGGUAUCACUGCAGAAUCUAAUCGUACGGGACAUUGCCAACCAGGAGAAAGGGAUGUUUCUGAUCAGCGCAGCCCCACCCGAGAUGUACGAGGUGCACACAGCAUCCCGGGAUGACCGGAGCACCUGGAUCCGAGUCAUUCAGCAGACAGUGCGCAUACGGAGUUUCGCUGUUGUUACCCAAACUGGAGUGCAAUGGCACGAUCCCAGCUCACCGCAACCUCCGCCUCCUGGGUUCAAGCAAUUCUCCUGCCUCAGCCUCCCGAGUAACUGGGACUACAGAUGCCCAUCCAGGGAGGACUUCCCCCUGAUUGAGACAGAGGAUGAGGCUUACCUGCGGCGAAUUAAGAUGGAGUUGCAGCAGAAGGACCGGGCACUGGUGGAGCUGCUUCGAGAGAAGGUUGGGCUGUUUGCUGAGAUGACCCAUUUCCAGGCCGAGGAGGAUGGUGGCAGUGGCAUGCCCCUGCCCACCCUGCCCAGGGGCCUUUUCCGCUCCGAGUCCCUUGAGUCCCCUCGUGGCGAGCGGCUGCUGCAGGAUGCCAUCCGAGAGGUGGAGGGUCUGAAAGACCUGCUGGUAGGGCCGGGAGUGGAACUGCUCUUGACACCCCGAGAACCAGUCCUGCCUUUGGAACCAGACAGUGGUGGUAACACGAGUCCUGGGGUCACUGCCAAUGGUGAGGCCAGAACCUUCAAUGGCUCCAUUGAACUCUGCAGAGCCGACUCAGACUCUAGCCAGAAGGAUCGAAAUGGAAAUCAGCUGAGAUCACCCCAAGAGGAGGCAUUACAGCGAUUGGUCAAUCUCUAUGGACUUCUACAUGGCCUACAGGCAGCUGUGGCCCAGCAGGACACUUUGAUGGAAGCCCGGUUCCCUGAGGGCCCAGAGCGGCGAGAGAAGCUGUGCCGAGCCAACUCUAGGGAUGGGGAGGCUGGCAGGGCUGGGGCUGCCCCUGUGGCCCCUGAAAAGCAGGCCACGGAACUGGCAUUACUGCAGCGGCAACAUGCGCUGCUGCAGGAGGAGCUACGGCGCUGCCGGCGGCUGGGCGAAGAACGGGCGACCGAAGCUGGCAGCCUGGAGGCCCGGCUCCGGGAGAGUGAGCAGGCGAGGGCCCUGCUGGAGCGGGAGGCCGAAGAGGCCCGAAGGCAGCUGGCCGCCCUGGGCCAGACGGAGCCGCUCCCAGCUGAGGCCCCCUGGGCCCGCAGACCUGUGGAUCCUCGGCGGCGCAGCCUCCCUGCAGGCGAUGCCCUGUACUUGAGUUUCAACCCCCCACAGCCCAGCCGAGGCACUGACCGCCUGGAUCUCCCUGUCACUACUCGCUCUGUCCAUCGACACUUUGAGGACCGAGAGAGGCAGGAACUGGGGAGCCCCGAAGAGCGUCUGCAAGACAGCAGUGACCCUGACACCGGCAGCGAGGAGGAAGGUAGCAGCCGUCUGUCUCCGCCCCACAGUCCACGAGGUGAGACCUUGGCGGAGACAUGGACCAGAGAGUUUACCAGAAUGCAGGACAUCCCGGAGGAGACGGAGAGCCGCGACGGGGAGGUGGUAGCCUCCGAGAGCUAAGGGGGGCCCCUCCCCCUGCCCUGUGCCCCACUGAAGAACAUUACUGAGGGGGGCUAACCUUGGGGACUCCAAUUUGCCAAUGAUGAGGGAACAUUUGAAGGAACUGCUAAUUGUCCUUGCCAGCUCUUGGGAUCCUUGGAUACCUGGGGCCAUUUAAGAAGCUGGGGGAAUUAGGCCACAACACCCCCGGGGCAUCCGAAAGCUACACCACAGAUGCCAGUGGUUCAUGCCUUCUUCCCUCUACUUUAGGAAAAUUUAUUUAUUUAUUGUUUAUUAGUUAUGGGGGGAGAGGAGAGAUUUAAAGUACCAGGGACAUGGGAACCAAGCCAUAGGGAUCAGAGGGCCUCGUCCUUCAACACUACUGGGGUUUAUUCAGGCUCAUCCACGCAGCUGCUGCGUUCUUGCCCUAACACCCCUCCCCUGCAACACCCGUCUUAGAGGAGAGGCUGCAGCCACAGAACCCUACUGCCCUUUAGUUAAAGGAGGGCUGUGGGCAGGGCCAUGUCCUUUUCUCCUCUCCCCUCAACUUUGUACUGCUGUUCUCCCUCUCUCCGUCCUUUAUGGAAGUCCUGGGAGAUAAGCUGGCUUCCUGGAGUUGAUGGAAUAGAGGUUGGGGUGGCCAUAAUGGUUUGUUGGGGGCGAGGGAAAUACCCACAGGGACCAGAAUGUUCUGAUGUUGUUUUGUUUUCUUUUUUGUACCAAAGUCAACUGCACGUGUUUUACAUUUUUAAGAGAUCGUAGGCAAUUAGAGAUCGAAGCCUCCUAUCUCCACAUCUCUGAAGAAGUCGAGGGGUGGGGGAGACAAUGACUUCUGCCUUCAUCUGCAGUAACGGGGGGACCUAUACUGACCUCUUCCCCAGCCAUUUGGAAACAAGUUCUAGGGUGGGUUGGGACAUUUCCAGGAGCCCUGACCUCAUCUUCCACCUCAGCAACCAUGACCUGAAACCUCAGCGUGAAUUUGGGGGAUUUUUCAGUGGAACCCCUGCCCUCAAAUGCCGACCAGCCCCAGUUUUGUUUUUUUUUUUUCCUGCCAAUUUGGUUGUUUAAAAAAAAAAUCAGGGAAAAUUAAAAACCUGGAACUCCACAA